AUGCCUUCAUACAAUCAAGAUAUUAAUGUGGAUCUGAAUUCUAAUGAAAAUGGUGCCUUGAAGACUGAUGCCAAAGAUGGCAAAAUCGAUGAGAGUCGGUAUAUGUCGGUCGAACAAAUUCCGAAUAACGCACCGGUGGGACUCAAUGCUGACCAGGAGAUCGCUUUUGCUCUGAGAGAUUUCUUGACCCCAUCGAGUACAGCGCUCAGUGAUGGAGAACCAUCUCCAUCCGCGUUAUCGCAGACACUACCUUUCAUAGAUGAACAGGUAGAUGGAGAUGAUGCCACGCAUUCUGAAGAGGAGUUACAGCAAAGCCGUGAAACUGAAGAAGUGUUGAACAAUGCGGCUUGCCGGCUGAGGCGGUGGCGUGCUGCGUCAAGGAAGUUGCGCCGGCCGCGGAUAAUAAACAAUCUGAGUUCUAAAGAUGAAAAAGACAGCAACAUCAGCAAGGUCUGUAACUCUGGGCACACGGACCUGGCAGACCGGCUCCGCAGCCUGGCGGCGGCCGGCAGCAUGUCAGCGUCGGCUGGUGAGCUGCUGUCGCUGGCGCCGCCGCCCCCAGCGGCCACCGCGCCGCCCUCUCCUGGCUGUCUGCUCUCGCCAUCGCUAGCAGACCAGAGCUCCGCAGAAUAUUUUCCCUCCGGCUUGUUAGAGCAUCCGUUGUCAUACAGUUGUAUGCAGGAGGUGUACUGCAUCUCACGUUGGGAUCCUGCCAGGAAAUACUGCCUUCGAAUAGUCAUGCCUCAUGGAUCUCUUCUGCUACAGGCUAACGACGCUUAUACGCGGGACCAAUGGUAUCAUUCCAUUAUAUGGAGGAGAAACAUGAUAAGGUACAAGAAUUUCCUAACAAAGACUGUGAGAAAAGAAGUCGUCUUGAAAGAAUUAAAGAAUAUGGUGGACUUUGUGAUGACUACGCCUCUACAAGACGAAAGUGUGACUCGCGCGCCUCUACAGAUCCUGACCGAUUUACUAUCAGAGAAUAAAGAAAGUGAGGACUGGGAGGAGUGGGCGGAAAUGGUGACGAGUGCGGCGGCGCCGCUGUUAGCAGAGCGAUGCGCGGCCGGCGACCUGUGCGCCCUGCUAGCGCGCUUGUGCAGGAGACGGCCGCGGGCAGCACCACUACCUGCGCUCGCACCACCCGUACGAAGGGUGCUCACACGCAAUGUAGACUUCGCCAGAGCCCCCAAUGGCAGGCGACUCGUUAGAGAUUAUAUCAGUGCCUUGAGCGCGCAUAACUCGGGCAGUUCCCUAGUCCGCCGAUUCGUUGAAGUGACGCACGGAAACCGCGCGACGUGCCCAUAUCCUCGAGCGGCUCCCAAUCUUGCUGCAGUCGCGCUGGCCGCGUUGGAUGACCACUACCGUGACUCUGCAACCCCACACGUCUGCGAUGAGUCUGAAGAAGAAGUCUUAUGUUUUGCCGAUAUCUUGGAACACAUGUGCGAGUAUGAAGAUUGGCUUGUCGUAGUAGGUGCUGUAUUGCAACCGGUUCCUUUAUGCGCGGGCGCUAUGAGUUGCCCACGCGUGGCUAAGAGGCUAGGGAAACUAUUGAAUGCGUUAGCGCAUGACCCACGCUGUGCGGCACACGCAUGCGUGGCCCCCGCCCGAGCCGCGAGGCUCUGCCCACCGUCCUGGUUGAGAGCUGCAGCGCCCUCAGAUCCGCUGCUUGCUCUGCCAAACGAAGAAUUGUGUCAGAUUUGGGGAGAUAUGUUGGGAGGCCUACUCAAUUGUUGCUGUAAACGGAAAAGUUUCCUGCAAAGUAUGAGCAAACAGCUUCCCGAUUUUGUUCUAGUCGCAUUAACUGCUCACCCAGCUGCUAUAGAGGCUCUAUGUUUAUUUUUGGAAUGGGAGGUCACAACUGGAGAGCAGACUCAAUUGGAAAUUAUUGCUACAUUACAAGGCACCGAACUUGGUCAGAAAUAUUACAAAGAUCUGUGCGAGAGACAGCAAAAUCUUCAACGACUGCAAUCAGAAGGUGGUCCUCGUCGACUAGCGCUGCCAGUUCGCGCGACUGAUGCAGACGUUGCGGAACUGUUGGACGCCGGCGCUCUCGGCAACCUUGAGUGCCUCUCCCUUGCUUUCACCAGCGUCACCAGCGCAUGUGCACAUCACCUCAUUAAGUUGCCAUCUCUACGCUACUUGAACCUGUGGGCUACCAAGUUUGGCGACAGCGGUGUGCAGCUAAUUGCUGAGCAUCUUCCUAAGCUUCAGGUCCUUAACCUUUGUGAGACGCCCGUGUCCGACAAGGGAAUAGAGGCAUUAUCAGGCCUCUCCAAUUUACGGCGUCUAAAUCUGAACAGCACCAAGUUAUCAGCUGAAGCAUUUGAAGUUCUACGCCAGCGUCUACCCCACCUCCAGGAGUACGACAUACGGUAUACGGAGGCUUGGUGACAGCGGGCUGCCGCCGCCGCCCGGACGCCUUCCACUUCCACCAUAUGAAUUCACAUACGAUCUCAACGUGCUUUAUCCCAGUAUUACAAUGUUCAAAUAAGUUAAUCCCACACGGAUACAAAUAUCCAACUACCGAAUAUUAUUAAGAUUAUCUAUUUCUAUCACUUUCAUUGUUAUUAGUUUGUAACUAUUUUUCACGAGUUAUUUCAUAAGAUUUAAAUACAAAAAUGUAGAAUAUAGGUAACAUGGAUCCGGUAUUGAUAUUAUUUUACCGUGUUGCAUUACAUUUCAUUUGAAUAUUGCCAGGACCAGGUUGCCACAUACCUAUACAUAGUAUCGUAGUCCGGUAUGUAUUCACUUAUAGUAAUGUCAUUUGCCGACUAUUAUGUUCUGUUAUCGACCUCUAUUAAAGGUAAUCAAUUCGAAUUAAACUUCGUUAGGUGAGUUAAGGUUAAUUUAGUGCGUACCCGAACAGGUGAAUCGUGGUCCAAUUUUGUUUGUUCCUAAUAUUUGGGCUACAAAAUGAAACCAGCAUUUGUUUUUAUUAAUCUGAAUUUAGUUUAAGUUUACAAAAUAUUAUCAUUAUAAUGUAAACAUUUAGGUCUGCCAUCCAUGUAAACGCCUUAGUUUUACGACAACCACUACAUAAAGUUAUUUAAGACUAUUUAUUUAUUGUCAACACCAGUUUAGAUAAUAAGAUAAUGUAUAUGAUUAGGUACCUAGUUGAUAAUAUUGCUUUAAUUUAGUACUGUAGUACCUAUGUGUUAGGAGUCUUUGGGCUGUGAGAAAGAGAACCAACCGGUACAAGCGUAUUUGUGGAGAGUUAAAACGUUUUAUUUAUUGAUUUUUAUUUUACUUGCAUUAUCUGUAUCUAGCAUAAUCCCUAAAGUCUAAAUUUAAUGUAGUUAUAUUUCAAAUUGAUAGUUAACAAUUUAACUAUUCGUAUACCUAAAUGGUUAAUCAUAAUGAAUUGCGCAUGAAUGAUUAAUAUUUAAAACUAUGUAUUAUGUUAUAUUAUCACUGAACUAUUCGUCACUACGUUAGAUACUUACUAUUACGAAAUGGUUUUAUCAUGAUUUCCGGCCUAAAAUAAUAAAGCUGUUCUAUUUACAGAAUAAAACAAUAAAUUAGCGACAAGACAAAGAUGUAAUUUGUAAAUUUGAUCUUUUAGUAUAAAUAAAUAAAACUAAAAAUUCAUGUUAUUAGAAUGUAAGUGAGACAGUACUCAAUUGUGUGCGUAAUUGAGGUAAUUAUGGUCGUGUCCCCGGUAUAUAUAGGCCGGAAACUGUUAGAUAACACGUAAAAUUGUCCUUCAAAACACUAAUUACUUUGACAUAUUAGAAUACAAUUCCACACUGUUAGAUAUAAAUUUAUAUUGCGCUAAUCACAAACGUAAUGAUGCUCUGAUAAUGACUCUAAUAUCGUAAGAUCCUGCACACGAGUAUAAUAUAGUUUAACGAGAAGUGAACUGAAUUACUGUUAUUGAAAUUAUGUCAUAUAAAGAGAUACAAGACUUAUCCACCGUGCGAAGGCAGAAGUGUGAG